CCCUUACAUCAGAAGACGUAGCCUUGAAUCUAUACUUUCAACUGUCACAGAUAGUACUGACUACAACACCAAUGUGCACUUGACAAUCUUAGGAUCCUGUCUUUGCUGCUGAUAGUGAUAUAAGAAUGUAAAUUGCUGAAAAGACCUGCCUGACGCUAAGGCCAUUCAAGAGGUAUCAAGCCACAGUGUGAAUUCUAGAAGUAAACAACCAACUGCCAAGUAAAAAUCAACAGGUAGACGCCAAAUACUUAUCAAAGAUGUACCGUCGUGGUUCAAGGAAAGAAAAUGAGUUCCUUAUUGAAAUGGUGGAUCCAAUCACAGGGAAGAAGAGACGUCAUAAGAGACUUGUUGAAAAAAAUGGACACUGCAAUAUUCUCCAUUUGUAUUCUUCCUCACAAAACUUUCGCUUCCUGACUGAUAUAUUUACUACAUUGGUCGAUAUAAAGUGGCGAUACAAUCUUACAAUAUUCACACUUGUGUAUUUGAUUGGAUGGAUUUUGUUUGGCGUAUUUUGGUGGCUGAUUGCAUUACAGAAUGGCGACUUGGUUCCUGAACACAUUAACGACGAAGAAUGGAAACCCUGUGUGAGCAAUGUCUACUCUUUUAAAACUGCCUUUUUAUUUUCUGUUGAAACGCAGACAACCAUUGGUUAUGGGUAUCGUUCAAUCACCGAUGAAUGUUGGAUGGGUAUUGUAGUAGUCGUUCUCCAAUCAGUAUUCAGCUGUGUUAUCGAUGCUGUGAUGAUUGGAUGCGUUUUUGCAAAAAUUGCUAAACCAAAGCGACGAGCGCAGACUUUAGUGUUCAGCAAGAAUGCCGUAAUUGCUCAGCGAGACGGCAAACUUGUCUUGAUGAUGCAGCUCGCCGAUAUGCGACGCAGCAACUUAUUUGAAGCACAUAUUAGAGCUAAAUUUGUGAAACACCGCCGAACUGAAGAAGGUGAACACAUACCGUUAUACCAGUAUGAUCUAAACGUGGGAUACGAGUACGGUGUUGAUCGCAUUUUAUUAGUUUGGCCGUUGGUGAUAGAACAUGUGAUUGAUUCAAGUAGUCCCCUAUAUGAAAUGUCACCUGAUGAAAUUAAACACGCAGACUUUGAAAUUCUAGUUAUACUGGAAGGUAUUGUUGCAUCUACCGGUAUGACGACACAAAAACGAACAUCGUAUCUACCUGAUGAGAUCCUUUGGGGACAUCGAUUUCACGAUCACCUCAUAGAAAUUCAAGAAACCUCGUACUGUGUCAACUACACGCAUCUACACACCACAGUGCCACAUCGGACACCACUGUGCAGUGCAAAAAAACUUUACGAGAGUCUUGAGAAGCUUAAAAAGAGGAAGCAUGAACAGAGAAAUGAAAUCAACCAAAACCAGGCUCAAAAAGGAAAUACAAGCAGCCAUGACUCAAAUCCUAUGACCGAUGCAAGUGAAAUCAUUGAAAAUGAAAAUGAAGCUGAUCUGAAAACUACUACGAGCAACGACUCAAAUCCUACAACCGAAGCAAACUGUAUCAAAGAAAUAAAUACAGAUGGCAAUGUGGAACUGGACAUUAAUCCAGAAAAUGAACUCUUAGAAUAA